AUGAGAGGAGCAAAAUUCAGGGCCUCAGACAGAUCAUCCCAAGACAAAGUAACUGAAUGUAGGCAACAUGGUUAUCUUCUGUCAGCCAAGAAAAUUGGCACCGGUGCUUUCUCCAAAGUCUACCUUGGCUACGCUACACAGAGCAAGAUCACUCAGAACUACAAGCUGGCCAGUGAUCUUCGCCGCAAGAAGCACAACAUGGUGGCCAUCAAGAUCAUCUCCAUGACAAAAGCUCCUCCUGAAUACAUUAAGACGUUUCUCUACCGAGAGAUUUAUACCUUGAACGCUGCGUACCACCAUCCUAACGUUAUCCAGCUGUACGAUUCCUUCUGCUCUGCCAGUCACGUUUACCUGGUCCUGGAGUUAGCGUCCAGCGGGGACCUGCUGGGACACAUCAACUCCAUGUCCCAGUGUAAAAGCACCCCGGGGCUCAGUGAGGACGAUGCUCGAGGCAUCUUCAAACAGAUCGUCAACGCCGUUAUGCACUGCCACAGCAAUGACAUCAUUCAUAGAGACCUGAAAUGUGAAAACAUUCUUCUAGAUGCAGGAGGUGUGGUGAAGCUGACAGACUUUGGUUUUGCUAACGUCUGGUCGGACAGAAAAUCUUUGAUGAGUACGUUCUGUGGCUCCGUGGCUUACACAGCACCUGAGAUUCUUCUCUCCUGCAAAUACAACGGGGAACAGGCUGAUCUGUGGAGUCUGGGUGUUAUUCUGUAUGCCAUGGUCAGCGGGAAACUACCCUACAAUGAAAAGCACCCCCAGAAACUGGUCAGACUUAUCAAGAAGGACCUGCAGUUCAGCAACCCCAUCUCCACAGCCUGCCAGGAUCUGAUAAAGGGCUUACUGCACUGGCAGCCCUCUGCCCGCCUGCCCCUCUCCCUCGUCCUUACCCACCACUGGAUGAUGCCCGCUGUACCGGGGUAUCUGGGUCAAGUCCGAACCACCAAGAGUGACAUCACGGACCAGAGCAAGGCCAAAGACAGCAGGACCAAAGAGGUUGCGUCCGGGGCGCGUACUAGACGUGCCUGUCAAUCAGACACGAGCACUUCGGCCCGCCCCCCGCAGGCUCCGCCUGUCCGACGUGCACCCGCCAGUAUGCCCGAGGGAACCAAGCGCAACCCGGUUCAGCGUCGCUCCGGGACCGGCCACAUGGCCUGCCAUGGCAACGCGUGCGAGGAGAAGACAGAGGACUUCAUGUGCAUCAAGCCGCUGUCCAUCUCGCCCUGCCGCCUCCUGGCAAGACCCACCCAGAACGAGACGAGCGACUCUAAUCGUCUGUUCUUCGCCAGGCCGCGCCCCCAAGCCCCUCCGCGACCCCCCUCCAUCCCGAAGCCCUUCCGCAACCUCCCCAACUUCCGCAAGCCGGGCUCCGCCCCUUCCCCCGACCCCGGGACCUCCCGGCAGUUCCGCGGCCACACGGCGCGGACCGCCACCAGCGCCAAGUCCCGCCCGAGGGUGGCGAUACGGGGACUCUGA